AUGAAGCCGUCCUUGGCUCCGGGUGUACGGCUUUUUACAUCCAUCUCUCGAGAUGCAUGGUAAGUUUUUAUUGUUUAUCAUUGUUUAUGCCGCUAAUAUCACCGCUAACAGCUGGAGAAAAGACGCGCACCACAGGCGAGAGAGCCGAAGGAUUACCAGACAUGUUUACUUGGCCUUCCUCCAUGCUGAACAGGACUGCUCUUAGAAAUAAAAAUACCUAUUUAGUCAAUCUGUCUAGAAGUUUCCCCAUACAGACAUUUUUCUAUAUAAGUGUCACUUUGCACACUGGCAAAGGACAUUCAUCAUUUGACUUUUUGCAUGACAUCCAACAUAAAUGACAUUUGCCAACACAUAAGGGUUUAAUUGUAAUACACUGAUCCUGCAAUAAACAGCUAAUGCAGCAUUUGAGGGAUUUGCUAAUUAAGAUGGCUGAAUGGUAAUGAUAACAUGAACCCAAAUCCUACUUCACGGUCUGAGGAGUUUAGCAGAAAAAUACAGAGAUUAGCCACGGCCAUUUUUUUUUACUGGUGAGCAACCAUUUUAGCAGUAAAUUAACAGUAAAGUAAUGUAAAACAGCAACUGGCCAAACUAAGACAGCUCACAGACAGCAAAAUCUUUUAUGAGAAUUGAAUGUUAGAUUAUUAGGACAUGCAUACUUGUACAUCUACAGCUAAGGCGCUUUGCUUUGAAGUAGAGUCUUUAAUUCAAAGAUAAAUAAACAGUAUUUUGUGAUUACGUGUUUACCUUAUAAAUUUGAUCUCUCUAAUCAUUGCAGGUACCGGAGUUUCAUUUUCUUCCACACCUACCUCAUCUACACAGCGUACCAUCUGUCACGGAAACCUGUCAGCAUUGUUAAGGUGACUUCUGUGGACACUUGACAAGUAGAGGCCAAAAGCUGCCUACAAAUUAUCUUCGAAAUUUAAUAAGAAAUCAUGAAAAAGUCUCAAGUUCAAGUUUUGAGCAUAAGUAGAAGACAACAGUGUGUAAUCCACAAUCUCUUGGUGAGGAAGUUAGCUGGUUUUAAGGCCCCUCUCAUGAUUGUUGGGUCUCCUAGAAAGACACUAUGAGGGGCCACACACUGUAUGUCUUAAGUAGUCCUUGUACAUGUGGAGUAUAGAACUGGGCGGGGAUAUUCCAAACAGGAUCAAGAAUGUUUGGUUAUGGUUGUAGUCUUCUGUUUUCAUUAACUACAAUGCAACAUUUAACAUCAGAGGACUCCUGCAUGUUUGUCAUGCCCCUGCAAAAUAACACGAGUAUCUAGAUAUGCAACAAUCCAUUCAAACACUUUCCUUUACAUGUUUGUAGCUGAUCUGUCUGUAAUCUGCUUCCCUCUCCGAUAGAGUCAGCUUCACAGAAACUGCUCGAACGUCAUUCCUCCAGCAGACCUCAACAUCACCAACAAUGCUACCUGGUGUAACUGGGCGCCCUUUGGUAAGUAGUUCAGUCGUUGUGAAACAUAUUGUUAUGACUUGGCAUCUCAGGGGUUUGGAAUACCACAAGUUGACAAUAUGAGUCUUUGAUUAAUGAUGAACUAUUCUUAGAAACCUUGUUUUUCAGAGUCAGGGUCUGACCGAAAGUAUCAAAUCAAUUGUGGUUGUAGAAGAUUUUUUGGUAUUUUAAUUAAAGGGAUAUUACAGCGUAAAAUUAAUUUAGGGUCAAACAUGAUCAUUUCUUCGUGGAAAUGCAAUCAGACCGAGAUGCUAAGGCAGAAGAACUACUGUGUCUGCAGUGCAAAAUUAUUAAUAUGAUGGUUAUUACUUCAAGGAAAUGAUAAAGUAAUGAUCAUUAAUGUUCUUCCUUGAGCUGCGUCACCCCGCAGCAGUCUGUAAUGGACUGGCCUGAGGUCUCGCUACAAACAAGUGGCUGCUGGAAGAGAGUAGGUGAGUUGUGUUUAGUCUCUUUGCUAAAGAAAUAAGGCAAAGUUAAAAAGAUGUUUGGGGGCUGUGACUAGGACCCUAUAUGUACUGUUGAUGAAGUUAGGUGCUGUUCUGAGCAUCAUUUGUGGAUAUAGAGUGGCGUUUUGGUUGAGGUUUGUUUAUGGCUCCUCAGACCGCUGUGUAUUGCUAUCCUGCGGUCGUUACUAAAGUUGGUUUAACUAGAAAAGCAAGCGGUCGGCAACAUUCAUCUCUCGAGGGGGUGUCUUACUUUGUGUUACUGUGUGUUUGACCUUAAAUUAAUUUUACGCCGGAAUAUCCCUCAAAUGUAAGAUUCAUUCAUUGUUUAAAUUAGAUGCAGUUGGUUUGUUGUGAGAAAAUCUUUAGUUAUUUGUUGAAUUGACACCUCACAAAAGAAACCCUGGCUUCAGUACAGGCACAGGUUUCUCAUUCAUGCCGUCUUUUCCUUUGCUAAGUUAUCUCAUACAGCAAAAAAAUGUUUAUUUAUAAAGAAAAAACACCAAAUAUUUCCUGUUUUUUCCCCCUCUAGACCAGGAGGACUAUCGGACCUUGUAUGGGGUCUUGGAUAACUCCUUCCUGGUUGCCUAUGCUGUUGGCAUGUAUCUCAGGUCUGACUGUCGGGGUGCUGCUUGUGAACUUUGUCUUUUUUGGAGCUGGUUAUUUUUACUGCAGUGAUUCAUAAUCAUGUGUCAUACACACAGUGGGAUCUUGGCAGAGCGCCUGCCGCUGCGGUACUACCUGAGUGUGGGGAUGCUGAUGAGUGGAUUCUUCACAAGCAUGUUUGGACUCGGUUUCUACUUGGAUAUCCACUCGUUAGGGUACUACGCCUCUGUGGAGGUAAAGACCAAUAAAUCACAGACAGACACAUUCAGUCAAAUGUCAUUGUUAGCAUUAUGUUUUGAAAACAAGUAGAGAUUUAAUAUGAUUUGACAAUUCCUGCACAGCUAAAUUUCUCUUUAUUACAGGCUAAUUUUCUUUGAAUAGAAGACAAGAAAACAGAAGAGAAACAGCUGUCCUGUCCUCAGUGAAAUCCAGUCUUCUUUCAGCUCUACAAAAAUCACUUAAUUUGCUGAAAUGUCCCUCUGUUUGCUUCACCCUGCAGGUCAUGAACGGGCUCAUGCAGACAACCGGCUGGCCAGCUGUGGUCGCUUGCUUCGGCAACUGGUUUGGAAAGGGCAAGUAUGUACCACAUGAUGGGCCUUUAAUGUCGCUAUGAGACAAAAAGUAAAUAAUGUUGCCAUAAAAGGUUGAAGUAGGUUGUUAAUAUCCGAAAUGAUUCUUAUGUCUUUUCUCUCUUUAAGCCGUGGGUUUAUCAUGGGUGUGUGGAACUCCCACACCUCCGUGGGAAACAUCUUGGGCUCCCUCAUCGCAGGAGCCUUCGUUUUGUCAUCAUGGGGGAUGUCUUUCAUUGUCCCUGGUCUCAUCAUCGCCUCGGUUGGGAUCAUCAGCUUCUUUUUCCUGAUUGAGAGUGAGUUUCUGCUCAUAGAAACCUAAACACAGAUCCACUUUGUAGAGGGGAACAAUUGUUGUUUCACCUCUGACGAUCGUCAUAGUUCAAGCUCAGUACAACAAAGGUACCCGAUCACACUUUCACUCAAAGUUUUGACUUAACCACUCUUUCCCUCUGUUCAAUCCAGGACCUGAAGAUGUGAACUGCACACCUCCUCAGCACCAUGUGAGUUAUAAACAAAAAACAAUGCAACCUUCUUGCUCAUUCUUGACAAACUACUUCAACGUAUGCAUGUCUGUGUUUAUAUCAGAUUGACCAUGAGAGCAGUGAGGUCGGGCCUUACCUGCAGACUGCGUCACACACUGACAGGACCAGUAAUAGUAACAGUAUCAUCAUCAGUGAGUCUGCAGAGCUUGUGGAGGAGCAGACUGAGGCCAUCAGCUUCUGUGGAGCUCUGAGAAUACCUGUGAGUGAAGACUAUGUGCCUGAUAUUUAUGUCUGAUUUGGUUUGUAUGUAUUUUUUCAUUUUAGAGAACUGUUUAUUAAGAGAAUGAUGAUGUUGGUAAUGUGAAUUUAUAAAGUGGCACUGUAGUCUCACUAUGAGAAGGAUUUCACAUGUUUUACCCCCUUUAGUGGUGGAAUCAUGAAUAACAAAAGCAACUGGAUGGUGUCAUUGUGAAAGUAUCAGUUAUUAGGUUAUUUAGGUUACAAAUAACACCUGUUUUUAUCUCAAUCCUGCGCUGUUUUGUCCCUAUCGGUACACCGUAGUUAAACUGCUGCAUCUUCCUGCUGCCAGCACGAUGGAAAAUAACAACACCACUGUGCUUUUGAAUGUCAGAAUGGCAAAAAUAAUGGUUUUAAGACCAUUACCUGUGAAUUGUUAUAAUUAAACACUUGGCACAGACGGGUUCCUUCAGUGUUUUCUCUGGUGGAUUUCCAGGGUGUGGUGGAGUUCUCUCUCUGCCUGCUUUUUGCCAAACUUGUCAGCUACACCUUCCUGUACUGGCUGCCUUUCUACAUCUCACGUGUUGGUGAGUAUUUCACCACAGGCUUUAUUUUUAUUUUCUGUGGAGGGAAUCAGUCAUGUAAUCCAGAGUAAUCCCCUCAUGAUUCAAAUAAUUUUUUUCAGAUUUAUGGAUUUGUUUUUCAUUUCAGCACAUUUAAAUGCAGAAGACGCAGGAGUCAUGUCCACAUUAUUUGAUGUUGGAGGAAUUGUGGGUAAGCUUUGGACCUUCCAACCAGCAGGAUAUCUUUUGCUGAUUGAUUCAAUCCAAACUUUAUCAUGGAUCAUUAAGAUGUGAAAGUGUGACAGCUCAUCUUUUAUGUUGAAAAAGUUGAAUCAUAUGAUGUGUGACUACAGGAGGCAUCACGGCCGGCCUAGUGUCUGACUACAUCAAUGGAAGAGCGACAACCUGCUUUGUCAUGUUGCUCACUGCUGCCCCCAUGGUGAAUUUCAACGCACUCACACUGAUGCUUCGUGGUUUCUUUCCAGCCUUACAGAUUUUAAUUUGUGACGUCUACUAAUUAUCAUUAUCUUUUUUUUUUUAGCUUUUCCUUUACAAUCACAUCAGACAAAGGAGCCAUGCUGCAACAAUAGGUAAGGCUACUUGGCUGCAAUGUUUUAGUAUUUUGUUGUUGUUUUUUUUGGUUGUUGUUGUUGUUAAAAAGAGACACCUAACAUUUAGGAAAAGUACUAGCUCAGGUUUAGAGUUUAUCACAGUGUUCAACUGACUUGUAAGAAAAAAUAAAUGUAAAUCUUGACUGUCUCGGGGUAGUGUCAUCCUACUAUGUCACUAUUGCACUCUCUGAAUUUCAGAGAAAGCUCUGUGCCAUGGUCAGGCUCCACCUUUGCACCACCCUUGUUGGCGAUAACAUGAGCACAAGUUGUGCUGUUUGCACGGGUGCUGGAUGUCAAAAUGACAAAACAAUGACACUUGUGUUACACACAGCACUUAGCACUGGGUGUCCCAAAGUCUUAAUGAACAGUAUUAUGUUUUUGUUUGUAGGUAUGCUGCUGGUGUGUGGAGGCCUGGUGAACGGACCAUUCGCUCUGAUCACAACUGCUGUAUCUGCUGACCUGGUGACCCUGCAGCCUCGUUUGAAACCUGUCGUUUUUCUGACCUUUUCAUCCCUGAUAAAUCAUUCACACAGUGUCUUUUAUCUUCAUUACAUGAAGUAUUUAGUGACUGAAAACAUUAAUUUUUUUGUACUUCAUUUUUUGUCACUACAGGGAACGCAUGAGUGUCUGAGAGGAAACGCCAAGGCUUUGUCAACUGUGGCCGCGAUUAUUGACGGAACUGGAUCAGUGGGUACAUAAUUAGUUCAAGAUCCAGGGUCAUCUUGCUGCUUAAUUUAAUCUGAUGAUAAUUAAUGAAAUCAGCAUCUUAGCAGCCAUAUUACUCAGUCAUGUCCCAGACAAGUUGCUACCACAGCAAGGAGGAGAUUUGCCAGGACUGUGGCAUCUUUUGCUACAGCUUAAAAGAUUUUGUCUUUUUCAAUUGCAGAGUUUAAGAGUAAUUUUACAACUACCACUGACAUGCAGAUAAAGAGGAAUAAAGCGUGACUUUAAGAAAUUCUCACAAUCUUUAGAGCAACUAAAAGUGAAGUCGGUUUUAGCCGAUGAAAGGUAAAAAGGUGGUGAAAUAUAAAAUAGACUUUUUAUAUUCCCACACUCAUGAAAAGGCCACAGUGAAGUGAAAUCUAAAUGACAGAUUUUGGCUGAAGGACAGUUCAAGAUGCAAAAUGAACCUAAAAAGAUUUUUAAAAAAGAAAAAAAAGCAUGAAUUACUUGCCACGAGUGUUUUGGAGGUGUCAGCUAUCUUGAAGGUUGUAGCCGUUGUUAUUAUUUUUGAACUGAUGAGUGUACUUUCACCAGGAGCUGCUCUGGGUCCUCUGUUGGCUGGUGUGAUCGCUCGAACAGGCUGGAACAAUGUCUUCUACAUGCUCAUCUCUGCUGACAUCUUGGCCAGCCUGGUCCGUCACUUUACUUUCACACUGAUAUCGCUCUUUUUAAUCUUUACUAUCAGAGCAUCUUCAUAUGUCAUUACUGGAUUUUAUGGUCAUUUUCUCAACACUGUGAUGUUUCUGCUGUGUCUGACACACACACUGUUUUUCUGUAGUUUUUGUCCAGGCUUGUUUAUAAGGAAGCUCAGGGCUGGUGUGGACGAGUCUGCAGAUCCAAAGGGUGAGUCUCACCCUCGGCUGCGCUCAAAAGAUUCAGAGACUAUCACUGCAUUUUGUUUAUUUAACAUCUUUUAACAUUUAAAGACCUUCACAUUUCCUUUGUAUUGAUUACUUCAUCAAUAUAUAAGUAAGAAGUGUUAAUUUCACUCAGCUGCUACCUCGUCUGAUUAGCUCAAGGGUAUUAACUGACACUAUCUACAGAGACAUUAGUGUAGCCGUUGUAUUUGAUUUCACUGCUAACUGCAUGUCUUAUAGUUAUUCCCAAAGAAACUAACCUUUAAUUUAUUCAUCUUUUAUUCCAGGCUCAAAGAAAUCUGA